AUGACAACAUACAUUGUAUUUAUUUUAAGUAUUGUUUUUGUGAUGAGUUUUGUGGGUUUUGUCACGAAGCCAUCUCCAAUUUAUGGGGGAUUGGUGUUGAUUAUUAGUGGUGGGAUUGGUUGUGCAAUUGUGUUUAAUUUUGGAGGGUCUUUUUUAGGAUUAAUGGUGUUUUUAAUUUAUUUAGGAGGUAUGCUCGUGGUUUUUGGCUAUACUACUGCUAUGGCUAUGGAACAGUACCCAGAGGUCUGGGUGUCCAAUAAGGCUGUGUUGGCGGCUUUUAUUACAGGUUUACUGUCCGAGUUGUUGACUGCCUGUUAUAUUUUAAAAGAUGACGAGGUGGAGGUGGUAUUAAAGUUUAAUGGUAUGGGGGAUUGAGUUAUUUAUGAUACUGGCGAUUCUGGGUUUUUCAGUGAGGAGGCUAUAGGGAUUGCGGCGUUAUAUAGUUAUGGUACUUGAUUGGUGAUUGUCACUGGUUGAUCAUUAUUAACUGGGGUGUUGGUGAUUAUGGAGGUUACCCGUGGUAAUUAA